ACCGAUGGGGGAAAAGAGACUCGUUUAGGCAUUUGGCGGUGUUCUCUUUUUAUGUACACGAUGAGUGCAGGUAGGUGAGGCUUUUGCAGCUUUUGUAUGUAGCUGGGAUGGAGGAGUGUUUGUGCGCCUUUCGGGGGUAGAAGCUUUUGAGCUAGGCAUGGUAGCGUGUAGUAGGGUUGUGGUCACUUGCUUCUUAACUCUGCUGUAUGAUGCAAUAUGGGAGACCUGAGCUGCUGCUGGGCCCCAGGAUUUCUGUGGAUAGCGGCAAGGUAGUGCUAUUCUUUGCUGGUGGGGCUGUGGAUUUGGGUAGGUCUGCAGGUCUGCACGAAGGAGGGAGCUGAGAGUAAUGCGUCUUUAGCAAGUGUGGGGUGGCUUGGUGUAACUUAUGGCCCCAAAGGGCUCCAGUUAUCCCGAGGAAAGGGGGAGAAUAGUGAUAUGUGAUUUCGACAACUGAUGUGCCUCAGUGGCCAUGGUGUAGGCACCCACAGUAACACUGUAAUGGAGAUCAAUAACGCUAGUAGGUGUGUAUUAGCUAGGGGAACGGCUGUCGCCUUCUUGUACAUAGUCUGCGUAGCGCUGCGCCUGGAACUAGUUGUUGGGAAUCAUGGUGAGCAGAUGGGAAGAGGAGGGAGUACGCUCUCAUUUGCGGCCUGGACGGAAAUGGCUGUGUGAGGCCACUUAAGGAACGCUCUGUGGCACAAUUGUCUUCCUUCGGGAGCGAUCGUGGCGGUGGUAGAGCCUCUCGUGAUGGGACUGUUGAGUUCUGUCGGUCUUGGGUCGCUGGGUGAUUCCUUUGUAUCUCUCUGGGCAGAGCGGUUGAAAUCUUCUGACCGCGUGGUGAUGGUUUAUCGGUCCUGGCUCCGCCUAGUAGCAAAUAGGCGCCAUUACAGUAGUCGCCAUUUUUGCUGAUCCCCGCCACUGGUUCAAGGCUGCGGGGGUUUAUGUAAUGUCGCCUCUUUCCCUACCUAGGAGCAGGAGCAAGGUGGGCUUCUGAGUGUUCCGUGGCAAUGUGGUGCGAAAGGAUUUUGAAGCAGUAGGCUGUUGGGUAUCCUGUCCAGAAAACUUGAGUUUUCCUCUACAAGCAUAUAUAAAACUAGUAAGUUCUGAAAGUUUUAUCUGCCCACCUAAGAAUAAAAGAUAAUGGAGACUGAACAACAGGAGGAGACCUUUACCAACACAGAGACAAAUGGCAAACGUCCUGCAGAAGAUAUGGAAGAAGAACAGGCCUUCAAAAGAUCUCGGAAUACGGAUGAGAUGGUUGAGUUACGCAUCCUGCUUCAAAGCAAAAAUGCUGGAGCAGUGAUUGGAAAAGGUGGCAAAAAUAUUAAGGCACUUCGUACAGAUUAUAAUGCAAGUGUUUCAGUCCCAGACAGCAGUGGCCCUGAGCGCAUCUUGAGUAUAAGUGCAGAUACAGAGACAAUUGGAGAAAUAUUGAAGAAGAUUAUCCCUACUUUAGAAGAGUAUCAACACUACAAAGGUAGUGACUUUGACUGUGAACUAAGGCUUCUAAUUCACCAAAGUCUGGCAGGAGGAAUCAUUGGUGUCAAGGGUGCUAAAAUCAAAGAACUCAGAGAGAAUACUCAGACCACCAUUAAGCUCUUCCAAGAGUGUUGCCCUCAUUCCACUGAUAGAGUGGUGCUUAUUGGUGGAAAACCUGAUAGAGUUGUGGAAUGUAUCAAGAUUAUUUUGGAUCUUAUCUCUGAGUCUCCAAUUAAAGGACGGGCCCAGCCUUAUGAUCCUAAUUUCUAUGAUGAAACAUAUGACUAUGGUGGCUUCACAAUGAUGUUUGAUGAUAGAAGGGGACGUCCAGUAGGCUUUCCAAUGCGUGGAAGAGGAGGCUUUGAUCGAAUGCCUCCCAAUCGUGGUGGACGACCUAUGCCUCCAUCAAGAAGAGAUUAUGAUGAUAUGAGCCCUCGCAGAGGACCUCCACCACCUCCACCAGGUCGUGGUGGCAGAGGUGGCAGCAGAGCUCGUAAUCUUCCUCUUCCUCCUCCACCACCUCCUCGUGGCGGAGAUCUUAUGUCUUAUGACCGAAGGGGCAGACCUGGAGAUCGUUAUGAUGGAAUGAUGAUGCAGUGUCAUGUGGAUGCCUGUGAUGACAUGCAGCCACCAGAGUUGUUUGAGGGUGGCUCUGGAUAUGACUAUUCUUAUGCAGGGGGCCGCGGUUCAUAUGGAGAUCUUGGUGGGCCCAUCAUCACAACACAAGUAACAAUUCCCAAAGAUUUGGCAGGAUCUAUUAUUGGAAAGGGCGGCCAGAGAAUCAAACAGAUACGACACGAGUCAGGAGCUUCAAUCAAAAUUGAUGAACCCUUAGAAGGCUCAGAAGACCGAAUAAUAACUAUUACGGGAACACAGGACCAGAUACAAAAUGCACAGUAUUUACUGCAGAAUAGUGUGAAGCAGUAUGCAGAUGUUGAAGGAUUCUAAUGCAAGAUUAUUUUUUCUUUUUUAUAGUGUGAAGCAGUAUUCUGGAAAGUUUUUCUAAGACUAUUGAAGAACUGAAGGAGUCCUGCAUCUUUUUUUUAUUAUUAUUAUUAUUAUUUUUACUUUUUAAUAUCUGCUUCUGUUUAAAAAGCCGUCAUUCCCCUGCUUCAUAGGCAUUCUGCAUUUGAGGUGUAGUGGAAUCUGCUGUUCACCAGAUAUGUUUUACUUGCUUAAAAAGAUUUGGGAGAAAGGAAAGGGCACACAAGACUAACACUGAAAUUUUGAAACAGCAGCAGAGAAUGGAUUUUUAUUUUUGUUCAUUGUAGUGGUAAAAUGUAGUGUUCUUUUUUUCUUUUUUUCCCUGUAACUAUCGUGAACACCUUGCUUUAUUUACACUUUUUUUUAGGGGGGGGGGGGGGGUUCUUUUAAUUGGGUGAAGACUGAUAGUCAACAUGUCCGUGGCAUCCUUUGAAAGCAAUGUGCAGAAUGUGAUGCUCUUUUGUAAGAAAUGUUUUAUGGUUUUUAAAUAAAAUUACUGAACCUA